AUGGAUACUAUGUUAUCUGGGUUAGACUACACGAUAGCAUAUCUCGACGAUAUACUCGUGAAAAGUGAAUCGGUGGAUGAACAUAAACACCAUUUACGCAAAGUUUUCGAAAGAUUAAGAAGCUAUGGGUUUAGAGUAAAAGAAAACAAGUGCGAUUUUCUCCUGGAGGAGAUCAAGUAUCUGGGACAUAUAAUAAAUAAAGAAGGGAAAAAGCCAGAUAAAAAUCGAGCAUCGGCAAUAAAGGAUAUGCCUGAGCCAAAGGACAUUAAGUCCCUACAAAGUUUUUUAGGCUUGGUGUCAUAUUACCAGGAUUUUAUCCCAGACCUCCACAUUCUACGAGCUCCCCUUAACGAUCUACUGAAAAAAGAAAAACCAUGGUUAUGGACAAAAGGAUGCAAGCAAGCAUUUAAGGAUAUAAAAGAAAAAUUGACAUCAGAUUUAUUUCUGGUACAUUUUGAUCCAAAGGUAGACAUCAUCGUGGCGAGCGAUGCCAGUUCACAUGGCGUAGGUGCGUGCAUAUUGCACAAAUGGAAGGAUGGUAAAGUUCGACCAAUCGCUCAUGCAAGCAGAUCAUUAUUACCUGCUGAGCGAAACUAUUCGCAAAUAGAAAAAGAGGCAUUGGCGAUUAUCUUCGCUGUAACUAAAUUUCAUAGAUACAUACAUGGGCGGUAUUUUACGCUGCAGACAGACCACAAGCCUCUUGUAACGAUUUUCGGUUCAAAGAAGGGUCUGCCAACGUACACAGCAAAUAGAUUGCUUAGGUGGGGAACAAUUUUGCUAAACUAUAAUUUUAAAAUACAAUAUUUGUCCACCCACAAAAUUGGUCACGCAGAUGGUCUAUCAAGACUCAUUCCGAAAGCAACAGAACCAUUAGAGGAUACGGUAAUCGCGUCCCUCAGAGCAGAGGACGAGGUUGAAGAAAAUAUGGCGAACGCAAUUCGAGAAUUACCAGUAUCGCUUAAGGACAUCAAAAGAGAAGCAGAUAAGGACAAAUAUAUCAUGGAAAUAAAGGAUAAACUAACUAAAAAAGACGGAAAAAAUCAAGAGACAUUCUCUCUGGUUGAUAAUGUACUAAUGUAUGGAGAAAGGGUAGUAAUCCCUAGUACGUUACAAAAAAGAAUACUAAAAGACUUUCAUACUGGUCACCCAGGCAUAAAUAGAAUGAAGAGUCUCAUGAGAGCAUACGUCUACUGGCCAGGUAUGGAUAAUGACAUCACGUCUAUGGUCGGCAGAUGUAAAGGCUGCAUUUUGGCAUCUAAAUCACCACAUAUUCUACACAAGCCAUGGCCAAAAACCGAUAGGCCAUGGUCAAGGAUUCAUAUUGACUUCGCGGGUCCAAUUGACGGGUGGAAUUAUUUGGUCGUAGUUGAUAGCUACAGUAAAUGGCCCGAAGUUUUCCAAAUGAAGAGACCAACAUCACAAAAUACGAUAUAUAAACUGCAUGAAUUAUUUGCAAGGUUUGGAGUGGUUGAUACUAUA